AGCGUGGAUGCGGGCACAGCAUAAGAUAACCCUACGGUGAAGCAAAGAAAAAGAACAGAGUUGAGCAGACCAUACACGACACCAAGACUUCCCUUUUUCACCAAACAUAACACAAUCAAGAUAACUCUUAUUCACCUAUUUCCCCCAAUUCUUGGAUCCAAGAUUUUUAGGGUUUCUGAACCAAUCUUCUUCGCCAUUCUUCCGUUUCCCAUUUAUUCUUUCUCCAACGCAUUUAUUUUUUUUCUUUCGAUUCUCUCUUAUCUUCCAUUGGAGAUCCUCCUUCGCUCCAAACCUAAGAGAAGACGGAUCAAGGUGUGAAAUAGGGGUUUGCUUGGGGGAUGGGGUUGUUGUGAUCUUGAGAUUUUUGAGAGUGGUGAUAGUUUGUUAACGUUAACCGAUGUAAUGAGGAAGAAAAGGAAAGGAAGCGAGGCCGAUGCGUCUGCUGAUCUGCCUGUUAUUUUGUCUCCAAAUCUUGGCUCUGCUUCGUCGAAUUUGAAGUCCCAUUAUUCGCUAGAGGAUUGUUCUAGGCUGAAGAAGAGGUGUUGUAAGGAGGAGGAUGCUGCCACUGAGCCAGCUGCUUCCUUUAAAAGGAGGCUUGCCGGCAUUGCCACUGCCCCGCCUUGUGGGACUUCUUCGUUGAUCACGCCGGGGCGAGGGCUUAAGAGGAAGAUUGGAUGCAUCGAUGUUGCUACCCAGAUGGGCAGGAAGAAGAAGAUUGAGGAUGAUUAUGUGACUGGUGAGACGAUUGGGCAAGGCAAGUUUGGGUCUGUUUGGCUGUGUCGGUCCAGGGUUAGCGGAGCAGAAUAUGCAUGUAAGACCUUGAGGAAGGGGGAGGAGACGGUUCACCGAGAGGUUGAGAUAAUGCAACACUUGUCCGGUCAUUCUGGGGUUGUGACACUGCAAGCAGUUUAUGAGGAAGCUGAUUGCUUUCAUCUUGUAAUGGAAUUGUGCUCUGGGGGACGACUAAUCGAUCAGAUGGUUAAGGAUGGUCCUUAUUCAGAGCAGAAGGCUGCUAAUGUACUCAAGGAAGUGAUGUUGGUCAUCAACUAUUGUCAUGACAUGGGAGUUGUGCACAGAGAUAUCAAACCUGAGAAUAUACUGCUCACAGCAUCUGGGAAAAUAAAGCUUGCAGAUUUUGGUUUGGCCAUGAGAAUUUCCGAAGGUCAGAACUUGACUGGUUUGGCGGGAAGCCCUGCCUAUGUUGCCCCAGAAGUAUUGUUAGGCAGAUACUCUGAGAAGGUGGAUAUAUGGAGUGCUGGAGUGCUUCUGCAUGCUCUGUUGGUUGGCAGUCUUCCAUUUCAAGGAGAUUCAUUGGAAGCAGUUUUUGAGGCUAUUAAGACCGUCAAAUUAGAUUUCCAAACUGGGAUGUGGGAAUCAAUAUCUAAACCUGCGCGAGAUCUUAUUGGGAGAAUGCUAACAAGGGAUAUCUCAGCUAGGAUAUCAGCUGACGAAGUACUUAGACAUCCAUGGAUAUUGUUCUACACGGCACAGACAUUGACGAUGCUGCCCAUCAAAUCAAAAUUGAAGAACCAAAUUGGCGCAACAACUCAACAGUUUGUUGCUGUUCCUGAACCAGGAUUAGGAGGGAAUAGAAUAGAUAAUUACUCACUUAGCGAGGGUUCAUUCUCCGAAAGUUGCACUUCAGAUGAUCAGGAUGAAUCUGUGUUGAUUGAUGUGCUUGCCUCUGCAAUUUCGCAUGUGAGGAUAUCUGAACCGAAGAGGAGCAGGGUGUGUGGUCCCACAGGUCCGAUAGUUCAACAAGGUUCAUCUAACAUGAAGCCUAACAACCUUUGUAAAGCAUUUUAA